ACUUUAUCAUCUUUGGAGUUAUAUUCGUUAUAGUAAUCAAAUUGAUAAACUUCAUAUAAAAGAACAAUUAAUGACUGCUGAUAAAAUUAUUAAAACAUUACCAGAUAUCAUACGACACCAUCCAGAUUCAAUGUAUACUAGUAGCAUUAUUAUUACAAAAGAGCUAUUUAGAGAUCAACCAAAAAGAACAUAUUCUAACAAUUUACUUUCAGAAGAAUUUAAGUCUGUUAAUAUAGAUUAG